AUAGAUUUUGAAAAUUUAAUUUUUUAAAAAAAGAAGAGGCACAAACGGAAACAGGAACCCUGAAAUCUGGAAUGCACUAAAGGCUCGCCCCCUGCAGACAAUGAACGAGUGGACGCCCAUUGCAAAAGAGUAUGACCCCCUCAAAGCUGGGAGCAUUGAUGGUACAGAUGAAGAGCCCCACGACCGGGCUGUGUGGAGGGCCAUGACGGCACGGUAUGUCCCCAACCGAGGCGUUUCAGGGGACCCUCACCUCACGCUGUUUGUGGCCAGGCUCAACUUGCAAACCACAGAAGAGAAGUUAAGGGAAGUAUUUUCUCGGUACGGAGACAUCUGGAAGAUCCGCUUGGUUCGAGACCUGGUCACUGGCUUCUCCAAGGGCUACGCGUUCAUUGAGUUCAAAGAGGAGCGUGCCCUUGUGAAAGCUUACCGAGAUGCCAAUAAGCUGGUUAUUGACCAGAGUGAGGUAUUUGUGGACUUUGAGCUGGAGAGGACCCUCAAAGGGUGGAUCCCUCGGAGGCUUGGGGGUGGCUUUGGUGGCAAGAAGGAGUCGGGGCAGUUGCGGUUUGGUGGCAGGGACAGGCCCUUCCGGAAGCCCAUAAAUUUGCCCGCCAUGAAAAGUGAGUUUUACGGGGAAGGACAGGCGGAAAAGAGAGAGAGAGCUUGGUCCAGGGACUGGAAAACGAGGAACAGAGACCAAAGGUGCUCCGAACGGGAGUGGUCGCGAGGAUGGGGAGAGAGAGAUGGAGUGCGGCACUCCAGAGAGGAACGGAACCGAGGCAGAGAGAGGAGAGAUCGAAGUCGGGACCGCAGCUCAAAGAAGCAAAGAGAUGAAGACAGGCACUGAUGGGCCGCUCCCUUCCAGUGCUACGCAGCCACAGAACACCAGUGGAUUAUGGGAAAUUGUGGGCCCAUCUUCAAAAGCAAACUGAGACAAAGCCUGGAUAACUGGCUCGUAAGCUUCAAAAUAGUGGGGUGUUUUCAUCACCGCACUCCACUGCACACUUAAUGGGUUAUCCUGUAUGGUGUUGCAGGUUUUGAUGAAAUUGUUUAGUCAUCUUACUCUUCUACACCACCCUGUCCAAGCUUUUGGGUGCAUAUGACCAGUGAUGCACACCAUUCUUGGAAUGCUAACAAACAGAGCAGAGAAAGGAAAGCUCAAUUUGACUAGGGGGAAUGUAAUAAUUCACAGGGCAGGGGGAAAGGAGGGUCUGCCGUGUAUAGGCAGGGAGGGUGGGUGGGUGAGGAGAGGAAUCUUAGAGAAGCAAGAAAAGGGGCCAGAUAGAAGGUUGUUAAACAAAAGGAGACAAAGAGCAGGCCAGAGGUGCUUAACUCGUGUCCUUUGAGAUGCUGCUGGACUGCAGUUCCCAUCAUCCCCAGACAGCUUGGCCAACAGUUAGUUGCAGCAACACCUGGUGACCCGCCGGUUCCCCACACCUGAGAUAGCCAGUGGGUUGAGGAGCAUGUGGUUCAGUGGGCUGAGAAAAGGAGACCUGAAGGAGAAACAAGGGCAGGCUGGGAGGGCUCUCCUGUAGGCCUUUGAGGUGGGAAUGAAAUAAGAGCAGCAAAACUGUGGACUGGGAUAGGGAACCUGGGACCCUCCAGAUGUUGCUGGACUACAGCUCCCAUCAUUCCUGACCACUGACCGUGCUAGCUGGGGCUGAUGGGAGUUGGAGUCAAAUGGUGUCAGGAGAGGCACGAGGUUCCACUAACCUGGGCCUAGGACAUAGGACUGGAUUUCUUGUAUCAGUUUGGAUUAAGGAACCAAACCUUUGGCUGAGGCCUGUGGCUUAUAGAAGAUGCAAAAACAGACAACCUCUUGUUAAUCCAGAAAUAGUUUAUUUAGAAUAUUAAAAAGAUCAAGUGUUAACAUAGCCCUAUACCCACCCAUUCCCUCCAAACAUGCUGUUUAUUGCCUUUUUUUACCUUACAGUACCCUGAAUCUUUAUUAAAGAUACACAUUCACUCCUUUUGCAUAUCACACAGUUGUGUGCUAAGCCUUAUCAGACAAUUGCAUUAAGGGAAUGCUCAAGUCUGUGACAGUUGGAGAGAUGUUAACGCCUUGCUAGGAACUGAAAGCACACUGGCAACCCCUGUAAUAUGGGGUUGAUAUGGCAUGGAGAAUUGUGAUUUGUUUUGGUGGUGGUUCUUCUGGGGUUUUUUAUUUGCCCUGCACACCUUUGAAAUGCACCCUUGGAAGCAUGGUUGGGUUUGAAUCCAGCCUCUGGGUUCAAAGUGUUUCCCAAGCCCUCCUGUAGUGCAAUAAAUUAUGCAAAACAAGCAUCAUUGCAGUGUUUAUUCAGGUUGUUGCAUCUGUGUGCAUGUGAUAAAGAGCAAAAAUAAAAACAAAACCUCUUUUAAAAUUA